UUCAGUAUCCUCUUUCAGUUUUCAACAUCAGCAUCCUGAAUAGUAGGGUAAAAAACAAACAAUUUUCUGGUUGACAGCCGUAAAUUUGCCAAAAAUAAUUGUAGCUUUCCAAAAGGAAACGAAAAAAUGUGGCAAUGACUGACCAGAAGUCCAUCACACUUUCAUUAUUUCAACUUACAACAUAAAGCCCUUUUCAUCUAAUCGAAAAGAACGAAAAUUCAAACGCUAACAAUGGAUAAUCUCAAGGAAUUGCUUGCGCGGAAAACAUUUAACAAAAUCAGCCAUGCCGCAGUUGUUAUUUGGAUCCUGAUCGGUGUAAUCUUCCUGAGCAUUUUUGCAGACACGGAAAUAAGCGAAUCCAGGUUGGAUUUCCGCUGUAGUGGAGCGAAGAUUGAAAACAUUGACCAUGUACGUGGACAAUGUUUCGAGCUGUACGAGAAGCAGUACAACAAAUACGAUCUUCCUAUCUAUGGCUUUGUAACACUUAACUUCUUUCUCAUUGGAACUGUUUGUGUUCUUUACUCCCAAAUAGUGAGCCCCACAGUCGAUCAACUUUCGCCAAGCGCUCGUAACGGUGAUCUCGAGGGACAGUCGCGCGACCAAGAGAACCCAUUAUCAACUGGAAAAAAACUGUUCAUCGCUUACUGCUGUCAACUUUUCACGAGGAUUAUUUUAGGAGCUCUCUUCAUGGUCCUGCAAACUCGUUUACUUUAUCCUCUGGACUUUCCCUCCAGCUUUCCUUGUUAUCUAACCUCUGAAGGGAAUCAGCCGAAGACUUCAGCUACUGUCAUUCAAAACUCCUCAUCGAUUUUACACAAUUGUCAUAAUCAACGAGCAACUAAGAAAAACUCCUGGAUGAACGCUGUCCUAAUCGUGAACGGAAUUUUCGUCUUUGGCAUUCUGAUGGAAACCGUCUAUAUUUUGCUACGAGCGUGGAAAGAAAAGUGUUUCAUGGAAAAUUUAAAGUUUCUCUUAACUCACAUGAAUCAGUACCAUACCUCGACCGGGUUGAAACUAGAACCACAGCAGCGAGAAGAACGAACAGAACAUGAAACAACCACCCCACAAGAACCCAAGCAGCGAGAAGAAAGAACAGAGCAUGAACCAACCCCAGUUCCAAAUGAACUUCACCCGGUGGAGAAAAGUACAGACAGUGAAACGAACAUCCCACAGAUACAAAGCGAGCCUGAGAAACUCCAGAAAACACCGCUUCAGGAAUUCAUAGAGACUACAAAGAACAAAAUUAAAGAAGAGACAACUCAACCUCCACAACUUCGGUCGCCCUUAUCAAGUACUCCCGGCGAAGGACCAGCUAAACAUCUUACUCUGGAUCAGAUUUACACAAAACUCGUCGUUGUUCCAGAUAGAGCUAACCAUGACUUUUCUGGAAACAGAUGGGAGCAACUGGGAGCCUACGCCAAAUCGGGUGAGAAAAACGAAACACCUAGGGGGCCGGAGGACAUUCUUAACCACCAAAACAAAAACGUUUUGAUUGUCGGUCGUCCUGGAAUCGGAAAGACACUUUACUGUACCAAAGUUCUCAGAGACUGGGCAUCUAACAAAGUAUUCCAUGAAUCACCUGAUGCUAAAAUCAAUUUUGAUGCCGCUUUCUUCAUCAAAUUCAGAAGAUUAAACGGGAAAACCGACCUUAACCUCAGGGAACUGCUCACUUUGUCAGAACAUUCGCGCACAGGUCACAUGGUUGACGAAGUCUGGAAUUACAUCCUCAAGAACCCCCAACGAGUUCUCCUUAUCUUUGAUGGAAUCGAUGAAUAUAAACAUAACACAAAGAUUGGUGAUGAAAACUACGAUCCUCAAUUCGGCGACUGCGUGGACGAGAAGAUGCCCCUCUUCGCUCUUUACGAGAAGCUGGCGACUGGGAAACUUCUCAAAGGAGCUGCCAUUUUGACAACUACAAGACCUACAGCUUUGCCAUGCAUCGAAUGCGUUUCUUUCGACAAAGUGUUCGAGAUUCUCGGCUUCUCAUCCGAACAAGUGGAAAAGUACGUAAACAAAUUCGCUGAAGAAGACAAGAAUGCGGGCGAAACCAUAUGGCGACACCUCCGCGGCAACAUAAACAUCCUCUCUCUGUGUUACAUUCCUGCGAGUUGCUUCAUCAUUUGCGAGUUGCUUCAUCACAUGGUGAAGUUUUAUGGUUCUCAAAGUCUUACCCUACCGACCAAAUUAACAGAUAUUUACAAGAGAGCAAUGAAAUAUAUUUACUUAAGACACAACGAAGACUCCCGCGGCAGGAAUUUCACUCGCGCACACUUUGAAUCUGACGAUUAUCCCCCUGAAGACAAAAAGAAAUUCGAGAAACUAGAAAAAAUGGCAUUUGAAGGAAUUAAAGAAGGAAGGCUGGUCUUUGAAGAAAACGAAGUAAGCGGAAUUGAAGACAACACUCUCUUUCACCGUCUACCCGACCGUCCAAACGACGAGUUAAAACACAAAAAACAAUUCUGUUUUAUUCACUUAACGAUGCAGGAGUUUUUCGCUGCCAGGCACCUGGCGAACAUGAGUGAAACAGAAUUAAGAAACUUUGUUUCUAUGAACAUCGAGGACGGCAAAUGGCAACUGGUUUUCCAGAAUUCUCAACUGAGCUGGUUACACCUCACAUACAAUCAAUUGACAGAUGAAGGAGCAAAGUAUUUAGCUGACGCCAUCAGAGACAACAACUGUCAGCUACGCUGGUUAGACCUCAGCAUCAAUAACAUCAGAGACAAAGGAGCACAGCACUUGGCUGAAGCCAUCAGCAACGAAAACUGUCAGCUAUGCACGUUAUCACUCGCAUUGAAUAACAUCACAGACAAAGGAGCACAGCACUUGGCUGACGCCAUCAGCAACGAAAACUGUCAGCUACACACGUUAGACCUCACACACAAUAACAUCACAGACAAAGGAGCACAGCACUUGGCUGACGCCAUCAGCAACGAAAACUGUCAGCUACGCGCGUUAUCCCUCUACGGCAAUAACAUCACAGACUAA